AUGCCAAGAGGCAAGGACUUGGAUACUGUCAGGCAGAGCUUCAAUAUUGGCAGAGCUGUUACCAAACUUAUUCCGCAACAUGUCUCAGGAGUCAGGAGUCACAAAGGUAAAACACAUGAAUUGUGGAAUUCGGAACUGGGAGCCUUCGUUUCCUCGGCGGAAAAUUAUUUAAUUGAGUCCCGCCACCCGCCUCCAUACAUCAGCCCGAUGCUUAACAGUUUACCAGAGAGCCCGCGGCCUUCCAACUUCGGGGGCUACCAUCGCUUCACCCUCGACAUAACAUCCAACAUUGUCCGAGACGGCGCUAACCAGUUUGGUUGGUGGGAUUUGUGUAGGAUGCCGAUGGAAAAUGGUGAUGGUGGCCGAAAGCCCAAGCCGAUGGGUAAAUGA